AUGCUCGCACGCCGAGCAUCCAAUGCAUUUGUAUGCGUCCGAUGUGAGCUCCGGCUUGCGCGGCGACUACCUGCAUAUGCACGGCGAACUUCACACGCGAACUUUUCCACCUCUGCACGCCGCCAUGAUGGCGCAGAGGAGCUCGAGGCGGCAGCAUCCCAAGGCACGACGCCUGGUUUGAGAAUAACAAGAGGAGAAAACCUGCCGGAACGAAUCAGAAAACGCAAAGGAAAGGUUCUUCGGGAGACUUCUGCUCGCCUGGGAGGUGGCAUAACACGACUCGGCGACGACGCUGAUAUCCUCGUGCUCAGAGAAGUCGGCAGCAAUGCCCCUGAACAGCCUGUUGAGGAGCCCAAACCCGCAGAACCCAUCGUUGUCCCCGACAUUGUCGCUUCACUGCAGCAGGAACGCAAACCCCUCACCCCCGAAGAGAUCCAGGAACGCCUCGAGAGCCUGCGACCGCAGAUCGGCGCCGCACCCAACGAGCCGGUUUAUGUGCCCCUCAAAACUUUCGCAAAACUCGUUAGAAAUCUGAACAAGGCCUUCACCACGCAACAGCUGGCGCAGUUCUACUCGGCUGCCAAGAAUGUACCGCAGGAAACAUCGAGACAGGAGCUUCUAGCAAGCCUAAGGGAGGGUACGGGCGCUGCACAGCAUCCCACCGUACGCACAAAUUGGCAGCCAGGGACUACUCCCCUCGCCAAGCGGUUACCAGGGGCAGGUGUCAAGAUCAGGAACAAGCGUGCGCCCGUCAGCAGGGGGCUACUUGUCGACCAAAUCAUGAGAGACAUCUGGAAGCUUGUGCCGCUGGAGGAAGUUGAGGCGCUUGGAGAGUUGGAGUUGACGCUGAAGCCAUGGCAUGUCACAUUGCUCAACGCUGGAGACGAGGAGACAAUUCUCACAAACAUCAGUGCGACACGGAAAGCUAGAAUCGAGGUUUACCAACCUCACAACGUCCUCCGAAUCACUGCAGACAAGACCACAGCUGAUUAUGCUGCCAAUGAUAUUGAGGAGGCACUACGGAAACACAUAACCAGCAAGUUGCAACUCAAGACAUGGAUACCGCACCUGGAGGAGGGCAAAGCUCCCGCAGAUGAGAAGCUCGCAACGCUAUACAGCGACGAAGACUUCCGCAUCGUUACUAACGUCACACGAGCCAGCAUCCAGAGAAUGGACAACGCGAAUACUUUAGUGAUUAGAGGCUUUAGUCCAGGCGCCAACGCUGAAGCCGAGCGAGCACUCCUACGAUUGCUUCCGCUCAAGGACACUGCUACACGCACAAUCGACACACAAGAAAUUGAGGAUAGAAAAAGUCAGGUCCAUUUACUCCCUGCAUCGUUUGAGGGCCGAUCUCUCGAGGUCAGGCACCAAAGUGCUAACUUAGGCCGAUGGACAUCGCCUGUCGGGCGCAGGGUCGACGCUCAAGUGCCUCAUGGGCAAGAUGUUGACGUGAAAAGCGUUCAAGAUGAGCAAUUGUCUCAGUUCCGGUUUGUUGCAAAGUCGGAAUCGCCCUCGCUGCUUCUCUACGACUUUAUCCCUGCGCCAGCGCAAACUGAGCUGAAGUCGGGCCAAACACCUCCAAGCCUUCAUAUCCAGAUGCGCACUGGUGGGAAAGCCUUUGGGGAAAAGGCCAACACGGCUCUACACGAACUUAGUCUCGGAUUCCAGGAGCACGUGCAUACCGUUUUGCUCCCAGAUAGCGCAACGGACGUGCAAUUCACUAGAUAUGGCCGGUUACAUCUUGACUCAUCGACCAUGAAGCUUCCUAUCCUGGACUGGAUCACCGACGUGCAUAAGAACAUCAACAGUGGAGAGCGUCUCACCGCCCCAGACAUUACCAUUCCUGUCCCGCACUGGGCAAUCACAGGAAACCCGGCUGAUCUGGGCGUGAAGAAAAUCACGUACCUCUUCUCAGCCGUGCAACUUCAACAAGUUAUUGAAGGACGUGUCAUGGAUGAGUUUGCCACAUAUAGCUCUACGCAGUCUAGUAAAUUGGCCGCGCAAGGUGGUGCGUUGGCUAUGCACUAUCGGAAAGAUGUGAAGAGUGUUGAGAAACUACUGCAAGGCGACGACAACCGUCUCACGUCGUUUGUAGAGAACAGUCUCAGAUUCGCAGACGCAGUCACCGAGGCAGCUGGGCAGGCACAGCCAAUAGCCAAAAUACUGCGACCGAGGAAUACUGAGAGUGGCAGAAAGCAUAGGAGGCUGGAGGAACAAGCUGCAGCGGCGGUAGCAAAGGGUACUCCUGGUAGGGAACAACCCGAGGACGAUGUUCUGGACCUUCUUGAUGAUGCUGUUGCUGGGAAAGAUCAAGAACAGUCUCAAGACACGAUUAGCAAGCCUGGCGAAGAGUUCAACAUGCACGGCGUAAUUCUGACAGAAGAACCGGCCGCUUCGGAGCAAGAGCUGACACCACUGUCGUCUGACCGCAGUGUCUCGGAAGAUACAGCGGACACGCCUUCUUUGGAGACUUCCGCUGCCCCCGACUGGAUGCAUCACAACAACACGCUGCGCCUCCACAUAUACCGCUCUGCGCGUGCUCUCCACAUCUCCAAAUUUCUCCAAUCUCACCAUCAAAUUUCCUUGCGCUUCAAAUACACCAUGGUGUCCACCCGCCAGACCCCGCGAGGCAACUUCCCCACCUUCGAACCCUCACCCACCAAGAAGUCUUCACGCACUUCCACAGCUUCACCCGCGCCAACUAGCUCCCCUGACCUCAAUUCCUCACCGACAGUCAGUUCCUUUGCGCGCCGUGCAGCCCAAAACGCGCGAGACGUUGCUGCCGAAUCGACCGCUGUCAUGUCACCCCCCGCGCCCUCCUCAAUCAACGAAUCGACAUGGUGCCACACAGCCUCCAACAUCACCGUCUUCUGGCUCGCCGUAUCCAUCCCGCUCGUCCUCUGGGACUCGCUGUACAUCCUGUUGCGCCCGCAUACCUUCGAGGGCGGCGCGCUGCAAUGGCCGCUUUGGAAGCCGUAUGAGAUCUACGCGGCGAUUGACAAGGUGUAUAGUCGCAGUGCGUGGGAUGCACAGGAGGGAUUUGGCGGGGCGCAGGGCGCGCUGAAUGCGGUUGAACUUGUCAUGUAUGGACUUUAUGCGAUGAUUCUUUACAACCAUGGAGUCAAGGCGCCGGCGGGGACGGGGGUGCAGGUUGGCGAAGGCGUGAGCGCGUGGUUCGCGGGUGGUGUCAAAAUCCGCGGUGCAAUCGGUAAUCGCGCAGUACUUAUUGGGUUCGCGGCGAGUGUCAUGACGUUGAGCAAGACGGUGCUAUACUAUUUCAACGAGUACUUCUCGGGCUUUGCGAGUGUCAAGCACAAUGAUUGGUUUACGAUUUUCCUCUUCUACGGCGUCAUGAACGGUCUCUGGGUGAUUUUCCCCGCGUAUAUGACCGUCGUGUUUGGCUCGGACAUCCUCACUGCGCUUGACAUCGCCGCGAGCGCAUCGUCGACUAAGAAAGAGAACUAG